AUGUGCCUGAAAUACAACCUGCAGCCCCCUCCAGAUUGUGAGCCCUGUGAUUGCUCCUCCAGACAGCGUGCCAUGGGCCGCCGCCCACCACACCUUCCUGAUAGACUGUGACACCGGGUUGUGUGCAUCUGCCUUAGUGGGGACCCCAUCGGUCAGAGCUCCGCCUCCUCCCAGGCCUCCAGAACCCCCAUGGCUAGGAGCCUCCUGAGGACCUGUCUCACCAACUGUGUGAAGGAGGAGCCAAUGGACGCAGAGCAUCGCCAGCCCACCAAUGGCUCGGCCCCAAUCCGGGGGAUUCCUGUGCAAAGCACCAAGUAUCUUCCAUCACUGCGCCCGGAGAUGCGGGGACAGAAGUGGGCAGAUCCCUGCAGGGCGCCCUGAAGAGGUGUGUCUAUGGAGGCUGGCCUCCUGCGUACGCUCACACUGA